CAUAUCAUUAUACUCUACAAAGCAGGACUGUGACUAGGUUACCCGUUUGGGUGCUUUAUUAUCUCUAAACUUGUGGUCUUAUCGUUCUUUUAACCUUGUUUGAGUAGCACUAAGCUGGGCAGGUGGACAUUUCACACAUUUGCUCUCAUGCUCACACACACACAGCUAUAAUACAGACAUUCUGAACGUUUCUUAGUAUUCCAUUAGUUUAACUAUUUUUCAUUUUGAAAUUAUAACAAUAACCACCAUGGGUUUAACCCGGACCUGUUUUCUGAUAUCAUGCCUGGUUAUUUCGACUCUAGCAAUGUUCUUUGAUUUGUCACAGCACAGGGAAAAGUGUAUAAUCGAGGAGAUUCCUGGGGACACCCUUGUUACAGGAUAUAUCUUAUUAGAACCCUGGGAUAAAAAUCAAGGCCACUCUCCUCACUCACACCUUGGAUUAACUGUCACUGUUAAAGACCCUAAUCUUGAGGUAUUGCUGAUGAAACGAUUUGGGAAAUAUGGAAAAUUCACCUUUACAUCCCAUGACUCUGGUCAGCAUUUCCUGUGUGUAAAAUCAAACAUGACAAGAUUCUCUACGUUUGCAGAUGAGCGUUUGAAAGUGCAUUUAGAUGUGCAGAUGGUUGAGGAAACCAUCGAUCCCAGCGCUGCCAAGACCAAAGACACCUUUGAAUCAGUGGAGUUCAAAAUCAAGCACCUGAUGGGCCAGAUGCAGUUGAUCAGCAAGCAGCAAGACUUCGAAAGGGAACGUGAGGAAACAUUUCGACAAAUCAGUGAAGAAACAAAUGGAAAUGUUUUGUGGUGGGCAAUAAUCCAGACCUCAUUACUACUCACUGUAGGAUUCUGGCAAAUGAGAAGCUUAAAGAAUUUUUUCAUCAAAAAGAAAUUGGUCUAACAAUUAUAUGACUUAAUAAGAAGCUACCUAUGAUCAAGGCUAGCAUAACUUCCAAAGAUUAGCCGAUCUUCAUUUAUAAAUCUUUAUUAUAUGACUAUGUAGAAUUUGUAUUAAUACAUUAAGUGUUAUUCUUAACUCUGCUUUUGAGGUCUUGACAAAUAAAGUCUUAUUGCUGUACAUUCUUA